GGCAUUACUUAUAACCAUGCCAGCUGUAUGUUAUGUCUUUAGGAGAAGAUUGCUUGUAUUAUUAUUUGUAACGAGCAAUUUUCUUUCAGCCUAGUUGUAUUGUUUAAUGCCUCCGGUAUCCCGGACCACCGGGACCCCACGUGAUACAAACAAGACAAGCGAGACCAAGUCGGGAGCAGGCUGGCUUUCAGCGUCUGCCCGCCGGACACAACAAACCCGACGUCCGCUGCCUGUUCGAUCUCACAGGGACAGACGAAUACCUGCAGACACGCACCUGAGCUGCGUUUACAAGGCAACGGCCAGCCGGGUUACAGAAAACACGACAGAGUCGGUGCAGGAAGCGUGGCUGUGUCGCUCUCCCUACACGCUGCAGCAUGCGUUUACCCGGGGUGUCCCUCCCCAGCACCCCGAUUUCGCGGGCGGUGCCCCCUCCUCGGAGUCGUUACACUGUCACCCCGUUGGCCUUGCCAGUUGUGUGUCCGGCUGUCGUCCCUCUGUCUGUCAAUCAGUGCGGAGCCCGAGUAAAUCCGCUUCACCCCCCAGCUGAAAGAAGACGCACUGUGAGUCUGGAGACGCUGGCAGCGCACCACUAUAACCAGCAGAGGGUGCAGGUCAUGCAGCAGAAGGAAUACUGCAGGUACCACCAGGGCUGGCAGAGACCUUUCUACGGCUCCCGUGCGGACAAGGAGGAGUACAGGCAGGAAGUGCGCGCCUUGCUGAAGAGGCAGAUUAGAGAGAAGUGGGAGGGGCAGAGGCAGGCGCUGGCCAGUCGCAUGCGAGAGGUGGAGGCAGUGAGGGAGGCAGACCGGCUGGUACUGAACCAGGACCUGGAGCAGAAUCGGAUCCGGGCCAGAGCACUCACAGUGUUCAGAGACGAGAACAAGAGGUUGAUGGAGCAGUCCUGGAAGGAGCGCAGUGUGUCAAGGUCGUUGGAAGCCCUGAGAGAGAGAGAGCUGCUGCAGUACAAUCCAAUCAACUGGAGCGGCACACUGAAAUAAGUUGAGGACUGGAUACUGGACCGGGGUUCAACACAAAAAAACUUUUAUUUUUUAUUUUUAUUUUGUUCAUUUUUAUUAUCGUUAAAGGUGUACUAGGAUGUUUGUGUUUCUUCUUAAAAGGGAGAAUAAAAAACCUUAGUACGAUAUAAUUUCAGAAAAAAAGGUAAAAAUUGGGUAAUGAGAAAUGAAUCUUGCCUCUGAGUUUGCGGUGGUGUGUUUGAAUCUGCUAAAGUAAGCAGUUCUAUAGGUUUUGUAAAAAAAAGACUAACCGGCUGACCUCUCAAUCAAGUUCUUACAUUCGUUACAGAAAUUCUAAUAAGUCUAAUAAAGAUCAUUGAUACUAA